CCGCGCCAUGAGCUCCGCAGCCGGGCGCCCCCCUGCGCCGCGCGCCGGCCGAGGCGAGCGGCCUGUGCGAGCCCCGGGCCCCGCCCUGGGCCGGCGAUGAGCUGCCGAGGCUGAGGAUGAUGGUAGAUUGCCAGAGCUCUACGCAGGAGAUCGGUGAGGAGCUGAUCAACGGGGUCAUCUACUCCAUCUCCCUGCGCAAGGUGCAACUGCACCACGGGGCCAGCAAGGGCCAGCGCUGGCUCGGGUGUGAGAAUGAGUCCCCCCUGAACCUGUAUGAGACCUGCAAGGUGCGCACUGUGAAGGCAGGCACCCUGGAGAAGCUGGUGGAGCACCUAGUACCUGCCUUCCAGGGCAGCGACCUGUCCUACGUCACUGUCUUCCUGUGCACCUACAGAGCCUUCACCACCACCCAGCAGGUGCUGGACCUGCUCUUCAAAAGGUACGGUAGAUGUGACGCCCUCACGGCCUCCUCUAGAUACGGGUGCAUCCUCCCUUACUCUGAUGAGGACGGCGGACCCCAGGACCAACUGAAAAAUGCCAUCUCCUCCAUCCUGGGCACCUGGCUGGACCAGUAUUCGGAGGAUUUCCACCAGCCCCCGGACUUUCCGUGCCUCAAGCAGCUGGUGGCCUACGUGACGCUUAACAUGCCUGGCUCAGACCUGGAGCGCCGGGCCCACCUUCUCCUGGCUCAGCUGGAGCACUCAGGACCUACUGAGGCUGAGCCUGAGGCCCUGUCACCAGCUCUAGGACCAGCUCCAGCUCUAGCACCCACCCCAGUGCUGGUGCCAGGAUCAGGUCUGGAGCUAGAGCCAGCCCUGAAACCCGCUCCAGAGCUGGAGCCAACCCUGAGGUCCACUCCAGAGCUACGGCCAUCUCCGAAGUCAGCUCCAGAGCUAGUGUCAGCCCUGAAACCUGCUCCAGAGCUGGAGUCAGCCCUCAAGUCUUCUCCAGAGCCACAGCCAUCUCUGAAAUCAACUCCAGAGCUAGAGUCAGCCCUGAAACCUGCUCCAGAGCAAGAGCCAGCUUCCAGAUCUGCUCCAGAGCUAGAGCCAGCUCCGAAAUCCACUGCAGAGGGAGAGCCGUCUCCAAACUGUGUACCAGGGCUGCCACCAGCUCUGAGAUCCACUCCAGGACUAGAGUCCACUCCAGAGCUAGAGACUGUGCUCCCACCAGCUCUAGAGCUGGAGCCGGCUCCAAUGCCAGCUCCGUCACUCGAGCCCUCCUGGCCCUCGCCUGUGGCUUCAGAGAAUGGACUGAGUGAGAAGCCCCACCUCCUGCGGUUCCCUCCUGACCUGGUGGCAGAGCAGUUUACACUGAUGGAUGCGGAGCUGUUCAAGAAGGUGGUGCCCUAUCAUUGCCUGGGCUCCAUCUGGUCCCAGCGGGACAAGAAGGGCAAGGAGCAUCUGGCACCCACCAUCCGUGCCACUGUCACCCAGUUCAACAGUGUGGCCAACUGUGUCAUCACCACGUGCCUCGGGGACCGGAGCAUGAGGGCCCCAGACAGGGCCAGGGUGGUGGAGCACUGGAUCGAGGUGGCCAGGGAGUGUCGGAUCCUCAAGAACUUCUCGUCACUCUACGCCAUCCUCUCUGCUCUGCAGAGUAACGCCAUCCACCGUUUGAAGAAGACGUGGGAAGAAGUGUCCAGGGACAGUUUCCGGAUCUUUCAGAAGCUGUCAGAGAUCUUCUCCGACGAGAACAACUACUCCUUGAGCAGAGAGCUGCUCAUCAAGGAGGGUACCUCCAAGUUUGCCACCCUGGAGAUGAACCCCCGGAGAGCCCAGAAGCGGCCAAAAGAGACAGGUGUCAUCCAGGGUACUGUCCCCUACCUGGGCACGUUCCUCACUGACCUGGUGAUGCUGGACACAGCCAUGAAGGACUAUCUGUAUGGGAGACUCAUCAACUUCGAGAAGAGGAGGAAGGAGUUCGAGGUGAUCGCGCAGAUCAAGCUACUGCAGUCGGCGUGCAACAGCUACAGCAUCGUGCCCGAGGAGCGCUUCCGGGCCUGGUUCCGGGCCUCAGAGCGGCUCAGUGAGACUGAGAGCUACAACCUGUCAUGUGAGCUGGAGCCCCCCUCUGAGUCGGCCAGCAACACCCUGAAAACCAAGAAGAGCACGGCCAUCGUCAAGCGCUGGAGCGACCGCCAGGCCCCCAGUGCGGAGCUGAGCACCGGCGGCAGCUCGCACUCCAAGUCCUGUGACCAGCUCAGAUGUGCCCCCUACCUUGGCAGCGGGGACCUCACCGAUGCGCUCAGCGUGCACUCGGCCGGCUCCUCCAGCUCCGACGUGGAGGAAAUCAACGUGAGCUUUGUCCCCGAGUCCCCCGAUGGCCAGGAAAAGAAGUUCUGGGAGUCGACCUCCCAGUCGUCCCCGGAGACUUCUGGCAUCAGCUCAGCAUCUAGCAGCACCUCAUCCUCGUCGGCCUCCACCACGCCCGUGGCCACCAUGCGGACCCACAAGCGCUCCGUCUCUGGGGUCUGCAACUACAGCUGCUCACUGCCCCUGUACAACCAGCAGGUGGGCGACUGCUGCAUUGUGCGCGUCAGCCUGGAUGUGGACAACGGCAACAUGUACAAGAGCAUCCUGGUGACCAGCCAAGAUAAGGCUCCAGCGGUCAUCCGCAAGGCCUUGGACAAACACAAUCUGGAUGAGGAUGAGCCGGAGGACUACGAGCUGGUGCAGGUCAUCUCGGAUGAGCGGAAGCUGAAGAUCCCUGAGAAUGCCAACGUGUUCUACGCCAUGAACUCGACUGCUAACUACGACUUCGUCCUGCGGAAGCGGACCUUUGCUAAGGGGCUGAAAGUCAAGCAUGGGGCCAGCUCAACCCUCCCUCGCAUGAAGCAGAAAGGACUCAAAAUUGCCAAGGGCAUCUUUUGAGGACACCCGAAGGCCUACUGGCUGGGCAGCUCGACACUUACAGACUGGCUGGGCCGGGCCGGCCGCGACCUCUGCCCACCUGCCAGCCCGGGCCACCCAGCCUCAUUCGUCCCGAGCCUCUCCUCCGCUGGGAUUGACGCCUGCCGUUGAGCGGGCUGACCCGGCCCCGCGCACCACUUGCUGCCUUAGGUGCCUCGUGCUCUCUGGACCCAGAGGACCAGCCGACUUGCCAAGGAGCACUGCCAACGGGCUGGGUGCUCUGCCUGCCUGCCCUGGGCACUGCCCUGUGUACACCUCCCUGGCACCUUCCCAGGUGUGGGCUACUGCCACCCGUGUCCUCUGGCACCAGAGCGCCCACCCAGCCACUGGGUCCAACUACUGCAAUUCUCUCCUCGCCCAUGGGCGCCGGUCUGUGACCUGCGUGGGGUCCCAGCCCCUCUUCCCACCACGCUAGCCUUUCUCGGGCUGCACCAAAGAUUCCAUCAGGACCAGCCAAGGGGGUCGCCCACUUUCCAGCCUCCACCAGAGCGGGGGGCCUCCUGGACCGUGCUCCGCCCAGCGAGUGAGGAUUGAGCCCAUGAUGUCAGAUCUCGUAGGUGCCAUCUGCAUCCUGGGCUUCACAAGACCGCAAGAGACGGGUUGGGGAGGAGGGCCUGGGGGAUGGGGAGGGCCAUUGAAUAUUUGUAUAAAAAGGAAAAAAAGUUUACUGAUUGGGGAGGGGCAAUAUUUAUUUGUUGUAAAUAGCAAAUGCUAGACUUGAAUAUUAUAUUAAAAUCCUGUUUCUACUACAACCUAGUUGUGGUUUGGUUCAUUUCUCGUGUUAAUUUAAAUGAGAUAGAGCCUGUCACAUUUCAUUUUCAAAUAAAAAUAUCUUGUAGAA